GGGCGACCAUUAGCGGCAGAUAAACCACUGAAUAACGAGCGAUUUAGGUUACUAACUUGCGUUUUGACAGACGAUGUCGGGCGAUCCUAAGUCCCAACCGCUCGUUUGCCCUUCAGAUCCCAAAAGUGGAAUACCCAUCAAACUCUUAUGUGGAACUGAGGGCACCUGAUUUGCGACUCGAGUGGGUCUAGCGGGAAGCCCGGCUUUCUAUUUUUCAGCUAUAAAUAUAAAUGGCUUCAAAAUUUCAAGUCGUCUUUCACUUUUCCAAUACUCCAGAAGCUCGCAAGAUUUCUGGGUUUGCAGGCAGAAGAAAAGAAUGUCAAGAGGAGAGUCUGGCUCUGCUAUGGCGCUACACAAGAGUAAGAGGAACUCAGUAUCAUUUACAGCCGCAAAAGGGCGUUCAACAAUAUCAGCCCACAAGACCAAACAAGAGAAGAAGAAAAGAGGUCCGAUGGGAAGCAAAACAAGGUGCUGCACCUGGGCUGUUGGCAGAAGCCCUAAGAAGUCCUCCCUUGAGAAAAGGGAGAAGAAGAAAAUGAAAGCCCGGGUGACGGAGAUGGAAGCGUUUGUGUCAGACAUGAGAACCCAAGUGGACUCCGAAAGACGUUUGCUGCUGGAAGGAGAAGCAACGGUGGAAGAGUUUAAAGCACUAGUUGCGCAAAAGAGGGAGGAAAAUAAGCUGCACUUUAUGAUGAUUCUACGGGCCGAGCUUCUUGCUGAUCACAUUCAGUUCAAUAUUCUCCCAUAGCCAGACAUAUAUAGCACUGCUUUAUGAGAUGAUCACCUACUUACGUUUACGUGCCUAUUUGGUGUUCGUUACAUAUGGGACCGACAUCUAUGUGCCAGAUUUGUCGUUGAUAUUAGUAGUUUUGAUUGGCUUAUGCAAUAUUUUCCUUCAAGUUUGA